AUGUACCCUUCGGCCUCGGAAGCCUCGGCUUUGCACACCUUGGCCGACUUGGUGAGGUGGUACAAUGUGGACCCGGCCGUGUGGGCAGCGUUCGUUGGUCAGGUUGGAGACCCAACCGACGACUACCGCCUCCUGGCUGUACUCCCGCCACAGGUGAUGGAGGCGGCUUUGGGAAAUGCCCAGAAGGCGACCGGGGAGUACUUGACCGUGAUGCAGGCAACGCAAGUGGGGCAGGUCUACAAGCUGGCGAGGAGGAAAGCUUGGGUUGCUGCGGGGAAAAUGUGGGACGAUUGGGUCGAAGUCCAGCUCUGGAGUUCGACCCCGGGACCUCCUACAACGACCUCGGCGACUACGGGAUCCCCCUCGACUACAUCUACGGUGGGAGAAAGAAAGAUCAAGAUGAACGGGGUACUCGAUCAAGGGGACGACUCGGAGUUCACGCUGGACGACGCGAAGGUGACGAUGCUGGCCUACGAGCGCUACGUGAACUUGAUGGGGGGGCCACCUUCACCGGAGCAGGAGCCCACGGCGGAGCAGCUUUCGGCGAUGAGGAGAAGGGUGGAAACCUUGCAGUUGUCGCCCUACGCCGACUUCGCCGUGUGGGUUCCGUUCGCAAAGAAGAACCUGAAGGCCUUGAAACUCAAGACCUGGACGAUGCAGCAGGACGGCAGCUUCGUUGCGAAGGACCUACCGGGGCCACCGGACCACACGGCGUGGCUGAACAGCUUCAGGGUCUACAAGACGGCGCUUCUGAUGCUGGGCAUCGCCUCCCUGAGUGUGCUGCAGGCCUACGAGGAGUUCAUCGAGAAGGUGACGAAGCGUUACGUGGGGGCAUGGCACUUGGUGGCGUCUGCGGACGACAGAGCCCGCUCGGAGCAGCUGGGACGGCUGAAGCUCAAGGUCCAGAUGAGCUUGGCGUCGGGCGGCCAGCCACCGGACGGUUGGAGCGCGACGAGACCCUGGAACGCGCUCUUUGCUUUGCUCCUCGGGGACGAACCCUUCUGGCAAGAACAACUACACCAGCCGGCUCUCACUUGGAUGGCCAGGGGGAUGCGCGGCGUGCCGCGGUCACCAAUGGAGACCUACAUGGAGGAUAUCCCUCCGCCGGCCACCGGGGACGCGAAGGGCGCCGCGAAGGUGAGGAGGGAAGCAAGGAAGAGAAAGAGGCACGCCGAGAAAGAGGAGUUGAAGCAGCUACGAAACACAAGUACAAGCUCAAAGCAAGAUGGUGGCAAAGGAGGGGGAAAAGCAGACGGCAAAGGAAACCAAUUUGUUUUGGAUGGAACAAUGGGAAUGGCCCAUGUGCUGGACUCUCGACUGCCCGCAGAAGAAGAAGAAGUGACCGGGACAGAGGCUUGGAUGGAGGAACCCGUGGACGGCGUGAAGAAGAAGAAGGGGGGAGCGAGGAGAAGGAAGCCACAGGGUGGAGACGGAGGAGAGCAAGGCGGCGAAGGUGAGCAGGACGACCCCAUCGAAGAGGUAGGAGACACCACCGAAGAAGAGUUCAAGCCCGAGCUCGACAAACUCCCGGAGGGCUUGAAGGAGUACCUAAGGAAGCGGACCUUCAACUACCUGCACCACUUCUCCGGAGCAGAGGACAAGCUGGGGAAGGCCAUCGAACAGAAGGCCAGCCUCGUGGGCAUGAAGGUGAAGGUGGAGUCCUCCGACAUCAAGGCAGGGGUUGACCUUGCGGCCGAGGAGCCCUACGGGAAGCAGCUCAAGAAGGCACAAGCAGGCGGGUACGAUGGCUACCACUCCGGCUUCCCUUGCUCUACGUUUUCGAGGGCGAGGUUUAACCCCGUGGAGGCGUUCCCACCACCUUUGCGAACCAAGGACCACCCCUACGGCCUACCGGACCUGGGGGACGACCAGAAGGAGGAGGUGAAGAAGGGCACCAUCUUCUUGGCGAGGUCCGUGGAGAUGGCAGGGGCGGUCUUGUUCACCGGGAACGACUCCGGGAUAGCACCGCCAGUUUCUUUGGAAAACCCACCUCCAUCCGAGGUCAAGCACCACCUGUCGGCCUGGGAGCUCCCGGAGUUGAAGCGGUUUGCCGACUACGCCUUGGAGCAGGGGAAGAUGAAAUGGGCUGCUUUCCCGACCUGCCUCUACCAGAGGGACCGCGAGCACGUGCCGGUUACCAUCCGACUUUCGGCGGCGGCGGCAGAAUACCCGGAGCAGCUGGUGGACGCCCUGGCAGACAAGAUCGUGGCACACCUCUUUAAGAUGGGCCACCUGGAGUGGCUCAAACAAAGACAAGUGGAGCUGCAGACGGAGAUCCGGGAUCUGUCGCGGACGGCGUCCUCUUCCACCGGCAGGCCCGAGGAACCACAACAAGUAAGCCAAGAAGCCGUCAUGGAGAACCGCGUGGAGACCCUGUUGCAGAUGGGCGCGGUGGCGAAGGAGAGGCGGAAGAAACUGGUGGAGGCGGCCGUGGAGGCGAAGAAGCAAGCCAAGGAAGGGAGCGGCAAAGUGGAGGACGCGACCGGUGAGGGAGGGACGAAGGCUGCAACGACAGACUCGAACCCGGCGGUCAAGUUCCACAAGUUCCCGAUCCUCACGAAGUCGAAGGCAGCAGGAGCACCGCCAGCCGAGGCCACGGAUUCAACUCCUGCGAGCACGCCGGCCUCGAGCGCUACAGCAACCGGGGCAGGCCCAAGGGGCAGCGCGACCUUAGACCAGAAGGAGGGUGCAGAGCCAAAGGUCGCGAGGAGCAGAUCGCCGAGCAGGGGCCAGAACGCGACCGUAAACCUGGAGGAGGGUGCAGAGCCGAAGGUCGCGAGAAGCAGAUCGCCGAGAAGGGGGGCCGUUGCAGAUACAGACCCAGUUCUAGCAGGGUGGAAGGGUGGCCAGGGCACUUAUGAGAGGAUAAAGCCCAAGCCAAAGGACCCACCACAUUUGGGAGGCACCAGGAACACUUCCAAAGCCGUCUUGGGGCUCUCUUCUGCAAGAAACCUCGGGGUAAAGGUCAUGGCGGCGUGGGAAAGGUUCACCGUGAAGUACCCGGACGCUCUGGAGGUCGCAGACACCUACGGCACGCCAAACUGCGAGGGCCCGCGUAGGACCGAGGAAUGGAAAGCAGAGCUUAAGAGACAGGUCGGAGCGCAGGGGAAACCUUCGGUUUCUUUAGCGCCAGCUGCCACUCCUUACAAGUCUCCCCUGGAUGCAGAACUUUUGGAAGGAUGGGUGGCAAAAGCUGGAGACCCGGAGGUCUACGUCGUAGAUUGGGUGAGAAAUGGCACCCCCUUGGGCAUCGAGAAACCCAUCCCGGUCUGCGGCGUCUACCCUGCGGUUCCAGCUGACGAGCAAAGAGAAGCCGACCCGUCAGCCGACGCAGAGACCUCCAGGACCACCGAGGGCAUGCGGAACUACUCUUCGGUCACAGACAACCCAGAGGAGGCCUACAUCGAGCUCGAUCGGUACGUAAAGGAGGGGUUCGCCGUGAAGCUGACGAUGGAGGAGGCAGUGCGCCGAUAUGGUAUCGGCACGGUUUCUAAGCUCGGCCUCAUCUUGAAGGAGAAGGAUGAUGGGACGCUGAAGCGCCGGAUCAUCAUCGAUCUGAGGAGGUCCGGAGGCAAUGCCAAAUCAGCCUUGCCAGAACGCCUUACGUUGCCCAGGCCAGUGGAUGCGGUGAGAAUGGCUACGUUCCAGUGCGAAGAGGAAGAGAACCUGAGAGCAAAGUACAGGAGGUUUGGCUGGGAGGAAGAAGACUGGGCGCGUGAAUGGGUGGUCAUUGACGUCAGCGACGCGUUCAUGCACUUGGCCGUGGCGGAAGGCGAGCUCGCACACUGCAUGGCACCGGGAAGGGUGCGCGCGGAGAGCGAGGGAGGAGCACAAGGUGGCGAAGGAGAGGCCACCACCGACGAGGACGUGUACAUCUUCGUCGCCCUGCUCUUCGGAUUCCGCACCGCCCCUCUACUGUGGAGCAGAGUGGCGGCGCUCCUUGCGAGGCUUCUCCAGUCUUGCGUCCAGACAGCGGAAGGCAGCCACCAAGUUUACCUGGACGACAGUCUCUGGGCACUGCUCGGGGGCAGGAGGAGGAGGAACCAGGUCCUAGCUUUCGUCCUCACCACCAUGGCGGCCCUGGGUGUUAAGGUGUCUUAUAAGAAGGGCGUGAACGGCAAGUUCCUCACGGAGUUCAAGGACAUCCUCAAAGCCUGGGGAUCGGAUGGCAUGGCCCCCAUUAAGGACCUGAGGAAAGCGGAGAUCGAGAGCGGCCAGGAAGCACAGAGGAAGAAGACCCGCAAGGACCAGCGCAACAAGAAUAACCUCUUCUACGUCAAGCGCCUCAACAAGGUCCACCUUUGGCUCCUGGAUGUCAUCGACGCCGUGGCCAUGCAACCUUUUAAGUACGUCCGCCUGCGGCCCGAGGAGGACACCAAGGUCACCAUCACCACCGACGCCUCGCCCCUCGGGCUGGGUGGAGUGUUGGCCUACAACGGCGUGGUGGUGAAGUACUUCGAGGCCCCGGUCACGCCUACCGUCGCCAACCACUUCGGCACCAAGUACGGGGAAGCAGCUUCGCAAGGGGCUAUGGAAGCGCUGGCCUUGCUGGUGGCACUCUUCCACUGGCAGGACGCCUUAGCCUCUCACGUCACGGUGACCCUCCAGUCGGACAGCGUGGUCGCACUGGCGAUGGCCGAAAAGCUGUCGGGGAAAAGCCCUGCACUCAACCGCCUGGGCGCCGAGAUGGCCUACCGCCUGGAAGAGAUGGGCCUGCAGUCGCUGAGGGCAGUACACGUACCAGGGGCAGCCAACAAAGUGGCCGACUACCUCAGCCGACCCCACGAGCGCGAAGGAGGGCUUCCUGCAGAGCUGGCGCACGCCAAAGGUCCCGCCCACCCGCAGCCACGCAAUCAUGGAACAAGUAGAUGUUACAGUGCUAUGGUGGCCUUUGCUCAUGAUCGCCACCGGCUACCUGGCCUGGCUGGCCUUCUGCCUGCGAGGCCUACACCUUUGCUGGCGUUGGCUGACCACCGCCGUCUCGCCCCUCUUGCGGCGGACGCCAAGGAGCCCAGGUUCAGCAAGAAGGGCGACGGACCUAAGUUCGGCAAGGAGAGUGAAGAGUCCGAGCCCAAUGGGGACGGAGGGGCUCCCGAGGCCGACGAGAAGGGCGAAACCCUCUGUCUUCGGGGAGACGCUGACCGCGGCUUCUCACCCCUCACAAGAACCAUGCGGCCCUUCAAUGUCUUCGGCGCCAUCUCCGCUCUCUAUGAACCAGGUGAGAGCGCUGGAAAGGGCUCGGGAACAAGCUACGUGGAACAGGAGAAGAGGAAGGAACGAGACCCCUCCGCUGCUGGAUUCCCUGCCGGGCUCUUCGACCUUGGCGGGAGUGGCACCUUCGACGAGACAGGCGAGUACGAGGGCGAAGGCUUCGAAGGGGAACAAAAUGGGAACCUCAGCUUACAUGCCGGGCUCCCCUUCGCUGGUCGAAGCGCCACCCUCAUCGUGCCCACCUACGAGAGGGAAUCCGCCGACGACUUCGAAGACGGCAGCAAGGCCUGGCGCGUGGAGAGGAUUGAGAUCCUCUCGGCAGUCGGCGACCAACGCGAAGAGGCAGUCCCACAGGGAAAGAAGUUGCAGAAGCAGCUGUUGGCUGUUGCGGCCUCCCCUGGGGAAGCACUGGAACGAGAAAGGGGCACUACACCUCUGCCGUUGACCUCGGAAGUCUUGGAAGGAACAGCCGCCGCUUUCAAGGAGGCCGGCUACAAGUCCGCGGAGAUGUACCUCGUGGAACUCAAGCUGGUGCACGUGGAGGCCGGAUUCCCUUGGACACACACUCUGCAAAGGACUCUGGACCUUUGCAAGAAGGCAGUUCGGAGGAACAGGGGCCCAAGGAACAAAGCACCGGAGGUGGAGCUUGAGGCGGUCACGAAGGCCAAACCCACGAAGAACUGGGCCGCCAAGAAGGGCAGGUUGGCCUUCCCCAAGGAGAGCUUCCUGUUCGGCGCGGUUUGGAUUCUCAGGGAAGACGAACUGGAGAAUCUCGAGGUGUCGGACGUCCGGAUUGAGGACAAGCUGGUCUUCGUUUACCUGGCGACCUCGAAGACCGACAUCGAGGCGGAAGGCACCCUGAGAGUGCUCCAGUGCAGGUGCUUAGGAAAGUCGUGCAGGAGACUUUGUCCAAAGAGAGUUUCCCUGGACCUCGUGGCAAAGGCUUCCACCCUGCACAAGGUCAAAGCCACGAAGGGGGGUCAGUACCUUUCACCGUUGAACACGGGCCUCAAGGCGUCCAAGGCACAAACCGUGAAGUCGUGGAAGGACUGCUUCCACGUCAAGGUUACGGGCCAUUCAGCCAGGAGGUCGGGCGCCUUGUACUACAUCCGGUCAGGCUACGCGCUCGAGCAGGUCAAGUUCCUGGGCAGGUGGAAAUCCGACGUAGUGCUCGGGUACGCAGCGGAAGCCUUGGAAGAAAGGCCUGCCCUCUCAGGUGAAACUUCCGGGAAGAGGAAAGCCAAGGACAACUUCGUGGACCAGGAGGCGACGCUGGAAAUGCACACCCGCUUGUUCAAGGAGCUCAAGGAUGCCAACGAGGAGUUCAAAGCAGACCUGCAGGAGAAUUUUAAAAAGUUCACGGAGGUCGCGAAAUUUGACGCGGCCCCGAAGGACAGUGCUGGGGUCAAGCCGGCCCUUAUCAACCGGAAGGUGUGCAGCGGCUACAGCGGCCUCGUCCACGACAUGGACAUGGGCCUUGCGAAGGAGACACCUCAUCUAUGGAAGACUAAAUGUGGCUGGCCCUACGGGUUCUCAAACUUCACCUACGUGGUCAACGAGGAGCAGCCUACCACGUGCAGGAAAUGCCGUGCGCUACGCAAGGAGGUGGAUGAAGGCACGGCAGCGGCAUCUGUUAAGGUUCCGGAAGCAACUGGAAAGGUAAUGCUACCGGAGAAGACGCUGCACCAGAUGUUGCACCAUCCAGCAUGA